GCGCCGCGCGAGGGCAGCGCGAGGCAGCGCGAGCGGCGCCCACGGGAAGUAUCGCGAGAGUUGGCGCGGCGGCGGCGCCGGCGCUAGAGGUGACCGAGGCAGCGGCGGCCGCGGGCGCCUCCUCCUCUUUUUCCUCCUCCUCCUCCUCCUCCUUCUCCUCCUUUUCCUUCCUCUCCGGCCAUGGAGAAGGCGGUCGGCGCGGCGGUAGCGGUGACGGCGGAGGAGGGAGGCGGUGAGGGCGGCGGCGGCGAGGCCGGCAGCGCCACAGCAGGGCCCGGUCCCCCGGAGGGGCCGAGCGGCCCCGCCGCGCCCCCGUCGCCGUGCGGGCCCGGGGCGGCCGGGCUGGUGCGGGUGUGCGACCUCCUGCUGAAGAAGAAGGCGGUGCCGGGCAAGGCGAAGCGCGGCGGGCGGGCGGCCCGGCCGGCCAGCAGCAGCGAGAGCGGCGGCGGCGGCAGCGAGAGCAGCAACAACGGCAGCGACGACGAGGAAGAGGAGGAGGAGGAGGAAGACGAGGAGGAGGAGGAGGAGGAAGAAGAGGAGGUCUCCGAGGUGGAAUCAUUUAUCUUGGAUCAGGAUGAUCUCGAAAACCCUAUGUUGGAAACAGCUUCUAAACUGCUGCUGUCAAGUACUGCUGAUGGUGCUGACCUGAGAACAGUAGAUCCCGAAACCCAGGCAAGAUUAGAAGCUUUACUUGAAGCUGCAGGAAUAGGGAAGCUGUCGACAGCAGAUGGGAAAGCCUUUGCAGAUCCCGAGGUGCUCCGCAGGCUGACCUCCUCGGUCAGCUGCGCGUUGGAUGAAGCUGCCGCUGCGCUGACCCGGAUGAGAGCGGAGAGCACAGCCAACGCAGGGCAGACGGACAACCGCAGCUUGGCCGAGGCUUGUUCCGAAGGAGAUGUGAAUGCUGUGCGGAAGUUGCUCAUUGAAGGCCGGAGUGUGAACGAGCACACAGAAGAAGGGGAAAGCCUCCUUUGUUUGGCCUGCUCAGCAGGGUAUUAUGAGCUUGCACAGGUUCUCCUGGCAAUGCAUGCCAAUGUGGAGGACCGGGGAAUCAAAGGAGACAUCACACCUCUGAUGGCUGCUGCCAAUGGUGGGCACGUCAAAAUUGUCAAGCUGCUGCUAGCUCACGGUGCUGAUGUGAAUGCACAGUCAUCCACAGGCAACACAGCCCUGACGUACGCGUGUGCCGGGGGCUACGUGGAUGUGGUGAAGGUGCUGCUGGAGUCGGGCGCGAGCAUCGAGGACCACAACGAGAACGGUCACACGCCGCUGAUGGAGGCCGGGAGCGCCGGGCACGUGGAGGUGGCCAGGGUGCUGCUGGAGAACGGGGCGGGCAUCAAUACGCAUUCCAACGAAUUCAAGGAGAGCGCGCUGACCCUGGCUUGCUACAAAGGCCAUCUGGAAAUGGUGAGGUUUCUGCUGGAAGCUGGUGCAGACCAGGAGCACAAGACAGAUGAGAUGCACACCGCGCUCAUGGAGGCGUGCAUGGAUGGUCACGUGGAAGUGGCGAGGUUACUUCUGGACAGCGGAGCUCAGGUGAACAUGCCUGCGGACUCCUUCGAGUCUCCGUUGACUCUGGCGGCCUGUGGCGGGCACGUGGAGCUGGCAGCUUUGUUAAUUGAGCGUGGGGCUAACUUGGAAGAGGUCAAUGAUGAAGGAUACACACCACUGAUGGAGGCAGCUCGAGAAGGCCACGAGGAGAUGGUGGCACUGUUACUUGGGCAAGGAGCAAACAUCAAUGCUCAGACAGAGGAGACACAAGAAACCGCAUUAACUCUGGCUUGCUGCGGAGGGUUUCUGGAGGUGGCCGAUUUUCUCAUUAAAGCGGGAGCGGACAUAGAGCUCGGCUGUUCCACACCUUUGAUGGAGGCUGCUCAAGAGGGGCAUUUGGAGCUGGUUAAAUAUUUGUUAGCUGCAGGGGCUAAUGUGCACGCCACAACAGCAACAGGCGACACGGCCCUGACGUACGCCUGUGAAAACGGCCACACUGAUGUAGCAGAUGUCUUACUUCAGGCAGGUGCAGAUCUGGAGCAUGAAUCAGAAGGUGGAAGAACCCCUCUCAUGAAAGCUGCCAGGGCAGGUCAUGUUUGCACUGUUCAGUUCUUGAUUAGCAAAGGAGCAAAUGUGAACAGGACCACAGCGAACAACGAUCACACCGUGUUGUCGCUGGCCUGUGCCGGGGGUCACUUGGCAGUGGUGGAGUUACUGCUCGCUCAUGGUGCUGAUCCCACACACAGACUCAAGGAUGGAUCGACUAUGCUCAUCGAGGCAGCCAAAGGCGGUCACACCAGCGUGGUUUGUUACCUUCUAGAUUACCCAAACAACUUGCUUUCUGCUCCUCCACCUGAUGCCACUCAGCUGACCCCGCCAUCCCACGAUCUAAACAGGGCUCCUCGAGUACCAGUGCAGGCGCUGCCCAUGGUCGUCCCACCCCAGGAGCCUGACAAACCCCCUGCUAAUGUCGCCACAACCCUUCCCAUCAGAAAUAAAGCUGCUUCUAAACAAAAGUCCAGCAGUCAUUUGCCAGCAAACAACCAGGAUGUACAGGGUUACAUCACCAAUCAGUCUCCAGAGAGCAUUGUAGAAGAGGCUCAGGGCAAGUUGACAGAGCUGGAGCAGAGGAUAAAAGAAGCCAUAGAGAAGAACGCUCAGCUGCAGUCCCUGGAAUUGGCACACGCUGACCAGCUCACCAAAGAGAAGAUUGAGGAGCUGAACAAAACGAGAGAGGAACAAAUUCAGAAGAAACAAAAGAUUUUGGAGGAACUGCAGAAAGUGGAGCGAGAGUUACAGCUGAAAACUCAGCAGCAGCUAAAAAAGCAAUAUCUAGAGGUAAAAGCGCAAAGAAUUCAGCUCCAGCAGCAGCAGCAACAGCAGUCUUGCCAGCAUCUGGGACUACUGACUCCCGUUGGGGUAGGAGAACAACUCUCAGAGGGAGACUAUGCACGAUUGCAGCAAGUGGACCCCAUCUUGCUUAAAGAUGACCCUCAGCAAGCUGCUGCGCAGACGGGUUUUGCACCAAUUCAGCCUCUGGCCAUGCCACAAGCUUUGCCUCUGGCAGCAGGUUCCUUACCUCCAGGGUCCAUCGCAAAUCUUACAGAACUGCAAGGUGUUAUAGUUGGACAGCCAGUGCUGGGCCAAGCACAACUAGCAGGGCUGGGGCAAGGAAUACUGACAGAAACACAGCAAGGGUUAAUGGUAGCCAGCCCUGCUCAGACGCUCAAUGACACGCUGGAUGACAUCAUGGCAGCAGUGAGUGGAAGAGCAUCUGCAAUGUCAAACACUCCUACCCACAGCAUUGCAACCUCAGUGUCCCAACCUCAGACGCCGACUCCGAGUCCCAUCAUUUCUCCUUCAGCCAUGUUGCCCAUCUACCCUGCUAUAGACAUCGAUGCCCAGACUGAGAGUAACCAUGACACAGCCUUGACACUGGCUUGUGCUGGUGGCCAUGAAGAACUGGUACAGACCCUGCUGGAGAGAGGAGCCAACAUUGAGCACAGGGACAAGAAAGGGUUUACUCCACUUAUUUUGGCUGCUACAGCCGGCCAUGUGGGUGUUGUGGAAAUCUUACUGGAUAAUGGAGCUGAUAUUGAAGCCCAGUCUGAGAGAACCAAGGACACUCCCUUGUCUUUGGCUUGUUCAGGAGGGAGGCAAGAGGUGGUGGAGUUGCUGCUAGCUCGAGGGGCAAACAAGGAGCACAGGAAUGUGUCUGAUUACACACCUUUGAGCCUCGCCGCCUCUGGUGGCUACGUGAACAUUAUCAAGAUUCUGCUGAAUGCUGGGGCAGAAAUCAAUUCCAGAACUGGUAGCAAAUUGGGCAUUUCUCCCUUGAUGCUGGCAGCCAUGAAUGGGCACACUGCUGCUGUCAAGCUGUUACUGGACAUGGGCUCUGAUAUAAAUGCCCAGAUCGAGACCAACAGGAAUACAGCUCUGACUCUGGCCUGUUUCCAAGGAAGAACUGAGGUGGUCAGCCUGCUGCUUGAUAGAAAAGCUAACGUGGAGCACAGAGCCAAGACCGGUCUCACCCCGUUAAUGGAAGCGGCUUCCGGGGGAUAUGCGGAAGUGGGCAGGGUCCUGCUGGACAAAGGUGCAGAUGUCAACGCUCCCCCAGUACCUUCAUCCAGAGAUACAGCUUUAACCAUUGCAGCAGACAAAGGGCACUACAAGUUCUGUGAGCUCCUCAUUAGCAGGGGAGCUCACAUCGAUGUGCGGAACAAGAAGGGGAAUACUCCCCUGUGGCUGGCAGCAAAUGGGGGCCAUCUUGAUGUUGUCCAACUGCUGGUCCAGGCUGGAGCUGACGUGGAUGCAGCUGAUAACAGGAAAAUAACUCCCCUCAUGGCAGCCUUCCGAAAGGGUCAUGUGAAAGUGGUGCGUUACCUGGUGAAAGAGGUAAACCAGUUCCCAUCUGACUCGGAGUGCAUGAGAUACAUAGCAACCAUUACUGAUAAGGAGAUGCUGAAGAAGUGCCACCUGUGCAUGGAGUCAAUCGUUCAAGCCAAAGAUAGACAGGCUGCGGAAGCCAACAAGAACGCAAGCAUUCUGCUGGAAGAACUGGACCUGGAGAAGCUAAGGGAAGAAAGCAGGAGACUGGCUCUGGCUGCCAAAAGGGAGAAGAGAAAAGAGAAAAGGAGGAAGAAAAAAGAAGAACAAAGGCGAAAACUAGAAGAAAUAGAAGCAAAAAACAAAGAGAACUUUGAACUUCAAGCUGCUCAGGAGAAAGAGAAGUUAAAAGCUGAAGGUGAUUACUGCAAUUAUUCCAAGAAAAGAAUGAAAUUCGAUGAUCCCGAGGUCCCAAUGGAGCCUCCCAGUGCUACCACCACCACCACCAUAGGUAUAUCUGCAACCUGGACAACGUUAGCAGGGUCUCAUGGGAAGAGGAAUAACACCAUCACCACAACAAGCUCCAAGAGGAAAAACAGGAAAAACAAAGUAACCCCUGACAACGUUCAGAUUAUAUUUGAUGAUCAGCUUCCAAUCUCCUAUAGCCAACCUGAGAAGGUGAAUGGGGAAUCCAAGAGCAGCAGCACUAGUGAGAGUGGUGACAGUGACAACAUGAGGAUCUCCAGCUGUAGCGAUGAGAGCAGCAAUAGCAACAGCAGCCACAAAAGUGACAAUCAUUCCUCCACAGCUGUCACUAACACACAGAGCAACAAAAAGCAACCGUCGGUGCUCGUCACCUGUCCCAAGGAUGAGAGGAAAGCAGUCCCUGGCAAGUCAUCCAUCAAGUUGUCUGAAGUUAUUAAUGAGGUGACGAGUAAUUCCUUGUCUACUUGCACAAAAUCCGCUCCUUCUCCCCUUUCUUCUCCAAAUGGAAAGCUAACCAUCGCCAGUCCUAAACGUGGUCAGAAAAGGGAAGAAGGUUGGAAGGAAGUUGUCAGAAGAUCCAAGAAGGUUUCUGUCCCAUCAACUGUGAUUUCCAGAGUUAUUGGCAGAGGAGGAUGUAACAUCAACGCGAUCCGGGAGUGCACGGGAGCGCACAUAGACAUUGACAAACAGAAGGAUAAAACUGGAGACCGAAUCAUCACAAUAAGGGGUGGCACAGAAUCAACCAGACAGGCCACACAGUUGAUCAAUGCUCUGAUUAAGGAUCCAGAUAAGGAAAUCGAUGAACUUAUUCCAAAGAACCGUUUGAAAAGUUCAACAGUAAAUUCCAAAAUAGGGUCCUCGACACCUGCCGCCACUACAGCUGCUAACAGUUCUCUGGUGGGCAUCAAAGUGACCACUGUAGCCGCUUCGUCGACGUCUCAGACGGCCUCCGCGCUCACCGUGCCUGCCAUCUCCUCAGCCUCCACUCACAAGAGCAUCAAGAACCCCGUGAACAACGUGCGGCCUGGUUUCCAGGUUUCUCUUCCUCUGGCUUACCCUCCUCCUCAGUUUGCACACGCGCUCCUGGCCGCUCAGACGUUCCAGCAGAUCCGUCCGCCCCGGCUGCCCAUGACGCACUUCGGAGGCACCUUCCCGCCGGCCCAGUCCACGUGGGGCCCGUUUCCCGUCAGGCCGCUGAGCCCCGCCAGAGCCACCAACUCGCCGAAACCUCACAUGGUGCCUCGCCAUAGCAGCCAGAACAGCGGCGGUUCUCAGGUGAACUCGGCCAGCUCUUUGACCACGAGUCCCACGGCGACAACGACUUCGGUGGCUUCUACCGCGCCCGGAUCUUCAGCGAGCGGCAACCCGAGCUCGCCGUCGGUCCGGAGGCAGCUCUUCGUCACGGUGGUGAAGACGUCCAACGCCACCACCACCACCGUGACGACCACGGCGAGCAACACGAGCACGGCGCCCACGAACACCACGUAUCCGACUCCUACUGCCAAAGAACACUACCCCGCAUCUUCCCCCUCGUCUCCCUCUCCUCCCGCGCAGCCGCCGGGCGUCUCCAGGAGCAGUCCUCCCGACUGCGCCGCCGCCUCUCCCAAUAAAGGCGCGCCUCCGUCCGAGCCGGACGCGGGCAGCCCGCCCGCGGUGGAUGCGGGCGGCUCGACCGGCGGCAGGCAGCCCAAUCCGGGAACCAGCAGCUCCUCCGUGCAUCCUGCUCAUCAGCAGCCCCCGGGAGCUCCUCUGCCCGAGGCCAGGCCCCCUCUCCAGCAACCUCAGGUUCCCGCACCAGAUCCUCGCAUGGUCGUGCCUCCGAGUUUAGCGGCGACGAGCUCAUCCGCUCCCGCGGUGGGUGCGAGCAACGCUCCCAUGACCUACCCCGCGUCCCAGCCGUCGAUGGGCUCCGCUCCGCCCGCAGCCAAGAUGGAAACCCCAGCCAUCAGACCGCCGGUGCACGGAACCGGCAGCGUCCCCAAGAAUCCAGCUCCCGUGCAAAACUCCUCCGUCGCAGUCCUCAACGUUAACCACAUCAAAAGGCCCCACAGCGUUCCUUCUUCAGUGCAGCUUCCUUCUACCUUAAGUACACAAAGUGCUUCUCAGAAUUCGGCCCACCCGGCGAACAAGCCCAUGGGGAACAACUUCAGUGCUACUCUGCCCUUUGGGCCCUUUAGUACGUUGUUUGAGAACAGCCCCACGUCUGCUCAUGCCUUCUGGGGUGGGUCUGUCGUUUCCUCUCAGACGACGCCGGAAUCCAUGCUAUCAGCAAAGUCCUCGUUUUUGCCAAAUUCAGAUCCGUUACAUCAGUCUGAUACUUCCAAAGCCCCAGGUUUUAGGCCACCGUUACAGAGGCCAGCUCCAAGUCCCUCAGGUAUUGUCAGUAUGGAUUCUCCCUAUGCUUCUGUAACACCUUCUUCUACACACCUGGGGACCUUUGCCUCGAACCUGUCGGGAGGGCAGAUCUACGCGCCCGGGACACCGCUGGGUGGAGCGCCUGCAGCUGCUAAUUUUAACAGACAGCAUUUUUCCCCUCUUAGUUUAUUGCCUCCAUGUUCAUCAGCAUCAAACGAAUCUCCCGCUCAGUCCGUGUCCUCUGGAGUACGAGCACCCUCUCCCACCCCUUCAGCAGUGUCCUUGGGAUCAGAAAAACCCAGUAACGUUUCUCAGGACAGAAAAGUUCCUGUUCCUAUUGGGACUGAACGGUCUGCACGUAUUAGACAAACUGGAACGUCUACUCCUUCUGUAAUUGGGAGCAACUUGGCUGCCCCGGUGGGACACAGUGGGAUCUGGUCCUUCGAAGGUAUAGGUGGCAGUCAAGAUAAAGUGGACUGGUGUCACAGUGGCAUGGGGAGCCACAUGAUCCACAGGCCCAUGUCUGACCCGGGCGUGUUCUCGCACCAAGCCAUGGAGAGAGACAGCACGGGAAUCGUAGCGCCUUCCGGUACAUUCCAUCAGCCCGUCCCUGCAGGAUACAUGGACUUCCCGAAAGUUGGGGGAAUGCCUUUCUCUGUGUAUGGGAACGCCAUAAUUCCUCCUGUAGCCCCCAUCACAGAUGGUACUGGAGGCCCCAUCUUUAACGGGCCUCAUGCUGCUGACCCCUCUUGGAACUCGCUGAUCAAGAUGGUUUCAAAUUCCACAGAAAACAACGGGCCUCAGACGGUGUGGACUGGAACUUGGACACCUCACAUGAACAGUGUGCAUAUGAACCAACUGGGCUGAGUGGGAUCAACGUGCUGGCCUUGAGAUUCCUUUUUUGCAGAGGAAACCACAAUUGGCAGAAACAGUUUAUGUGCUCCCAGAUCAUUCUACUGAUGUGCUUGACUGAAGUGUGUAGGCUUUUUGCAGAAGAACUUACUAACUGACCUUUUUCUGUGAACAUUGUGACCGCCCAUUCCCCACCAUCAUAUGUUUCAACUUAGUUAGACUUUCUUCUUUCCUU